AUGGGACGACCUGGAAGAUGCAGAGUAGCAGAGGGCAGGGAGUCGCCAGUGUCUACUGUUGCUCAUGCUGACAGUGAUCAAGGAGAAGAAGAGUGCCCUCGUAUUUCACUGCUGAGUGGGAUAGACCAGAGUCGGCGGCACCGGACUGCUUUCACGAGGGAGCAGCUGACCCGUCUUGAACAAGAAUACUGCAAAGAAAGUUACGUGUCUCGACCCAGACGUUGCGAACUGGCGGCAGCGCUCAACUUGCCCGAGACUACAAUAAAGGUCUGGUUCCAGAACAGGAGGAUGAAGGACAAGAGGCAGCGUCACAGUCUGAACUGGCCUAAUCCACUGGACCCAAGCCUGUGUGCCUUCAUGGUGAGUCAGGCGGCUGCUGGACUCCCCUACCCACUGCUACCCCGCUUGCCCCUUCAGCUAUACUCUCAUCUGGGCAUGGGUGGCCUCUCAGGCUAUUCAACCCCCUACAGUGCCACCACAAGGCCAGUGGACACUUUGCACUUUCCUCCUUCGAGCUACCCCUGGCUCACUGGACUUCCACAGCCAGCUCUCUAUUCCCCCGUCCAGACAAUGCUCCAUCCCACAGGAUGCCACUGUCCUCAUUGCCUGCACUGGAGACCAGACCAUCUGCAUAAACCUAGAGGGGGAGCUAGGACAGCCACGCAGCCCAAAACCUAUGGCAGUGCUUCAGGAUAA